AAGGAAGUGCUUCCACUGACGAUCGCAGGGCUGACAUUUAGCAGAGAUAAAAAUCUAGAAAAGUACUUCUGAGAUGCUGAAUGCUUCCAUGUGGCACAUUACUGAAAACCAUUAUAUUUGACUCCUCCUUUAUCCCAAAAAAUUCAGUUCAGUACACAACAAAACUAUUAACAAGAAAUCAAGAAUCUUCCCCAUGUCAAUUUGAUCGAACCCAUGUUUCCGCUUUGCUCAGAUUCUGCACAAAAGCUCUCCCUUUUUUGUUCUGUAAGCUUGCCCACUUGAAGCUUGGAUUCUCUUCGGCAUUUCGCAAUUUCAAUGUCGAAGCCUUGUGUUCCUGCCUGAUUUCAUCUGCUUAUGAAGAAUCUCCAGUUGGAAUUGUAUCAGCUGUACUCAUGUAUUCUGCUUUGGACUGAUUUGAGGGUUGCUUGAAUUUUUUAGAUAAAUUGGGUUAAUUUGAGAGAGAUCAUCGUUUCAAUGGAGUCCCAGUGCUCUUGAUCCAAAAUGAGAUUUGGGUUUUACAUAAAAUUCUUGUUGGUGUGUUGAGACUGCAUAUGAGUCGCAUUUGAAGUAAUGAAGUAAAACAUGGAUGAUGGAGAGGUAGAGCUUUCAGAUCAUGUUCUGUUAUCAAACCCCAAUUCAUCUAGCAAUUUCCAGGGUUCAACCCCGAUCGACUCGUUUCUUGAUGAUUUUCUGAAGAAUACAAGAACAUGCACUCACACUCACACUUGCAAUCCCCCUGGCCCGGACGCGGCACACACUCAUACAUGCUAUCACACACACACCCAAGUCUUUGCAUCCGAAGAAGAUGAAGUGCCAAACAAUAAAGAACAUUUGAUUUCGAAAGUUAGGAGGCCUUCUGGAAAUAGGGAAGCUGUUAGAAAGUAUAGAGAGAAGAAGAAGGCACACACAGCUUACUUGGAGGAGGAAGUCAAGAAAUUGCGCCUAUUGAAUCAGCAGCUUGUUAAGAAAUUGCAAGGGCAGGCAGUUCUUGAAGCCGAGGUUUUGAGGCUGAGGAGCCUUUUGCUGGACCUUAGAGGAAAGAUUGAUAAUGAGUUGGGUGUUUUCCCCUUCCAGAAGCAGUGUAAUACCACUUUGAGUUUCAAGGAAGGUGAUUGUGGACUGCAGUCUGCUAGCGGGGCAAUUGACCCGAGGUGUGAGAUGGAUUUGCCAUGCUUCCAUCCUCAUGUGGGAUCAUCUUCGCAGGCUAGUAUUAGUGGGAGUGGGAAAAUGGUGGUUUCAUGGGAGGGAAAUUGUCAGCCUGCAGUUGUAGAUUGUAGAGGUAACAUAAAUGAUAUGGUAAGUGCUGAAGGACACACAAUGGACACUGUGGAAGCCUUGGUGUCGUCCGCAUCUCAAGCUGAAUGACUGAAGGGUGAGACCUGUUUGUAAGUUUCUCAUACUUUGAUUUUCCUUAACUGAUAAUCGCUUAAGAUAUAGAAGUUAUAGCACUUUUCCAUUCUGAUAUGUAUAUAGUUGGAUGUGAUAAAGGGUAUAGUGCUUUACAGAUUGAGUUCCCGUUGAUAAUGCAGAUGUUUGCCCAAAGAUAUUGUUAAUUAGCCUGAUAGAACUAUGUACUUACUGAGGGAAUUUGUAAUUCUGAUAUAUCUGUGACUGCUUGUAUGAAGCCGCCUAUGAUGAAAAUAAAGCUGUUUUUUUCUUGUUUUA